AUGUUGUCGAAUUUCUCCUCCUUGCCAAUAAAAUGUGGAGCUUUCGGCCUCACUGUGAGAACGACGUACAAUUGUUCUCGUAUAGGUAACCGCGACUGGGUGGGUCACGGGGUCAAUGGUAUGGCUAACUACAAGGAUGAUGCCCAUUUCCCGUUCCCUGCUGUGCGUUUCAAGGAGAACACCAGAGAUAUCUGUGCUCUUCGUGAGAAGGAGAAGGGGGACUGGCGGCUACUUUGCUGCGAAGAAAAGAAGGCUUUAUACCGGGCGUCGUUCUGCCAAACAUUCUCGGAGUUCCAGCAUCCGACGGGCCAGUGGAAGUUGUGUGUGGGCUGGGCGCUGUUCCUCACUUCCUUCACCUUCUGGAUGGUCAUGUUCAGCCACUACUAUGUAUGGGAACCUCUACCGAGCUCGUUCUCAAAGGAAUCGCAGAAGGCUCAACUUCGAAGAAUGCUCGAGCUACGCGUGGCACCGAUUGAUGGGCUUUCCUCGCGUUGGGACUACGACAACGAUCGAUGGAAGGUGGCAAUAGUUUUGGCCCUCGUAGGCUUAUCCGUAGCUAACCCAACUCCCCUUGGGCUGGGAUUGACAACCUUAGCGCACGCGCCGGGCGUCUACACGUCUAGCGUCAUCAACCACGGCUACUCGGUCCCUCGCCUGGUCGUAGCCCCAGUCGCACCAAUUAUCCGAACCGUUUACACAGCACCGAUUGUCUCCACUGUAUACGCUCAUGGGCACGGCUGGCAUUGA